AUGGCUCGACCCGUAUUGUUCUUGUUAGCAUUUUCUCUUUUCCUUCUUACUUCUUCUAUCAUGGCACAGGUUCCAAAUCCACCAUUUCCUUUUACACCAAUUCCUCCGAUGCCUCCUCAAGCACCUAAUACCCCACCAUUAUUGUCACCAUCACCACCACCACCACCAAGUAUACUUCUUCCACCUCCAACAUCCUCUCCUAGUUUUGGAGGAGGUGGUGGAAGUGGAACUGGAAGGGGUGGUGGUGGCUCUGGCGUUGGAAUAGGCACAGGAAAAGGAAGUGGUGGUGGGGCUAAAGGUGGUGGUGGUGGACAAGGAACAGGAGUUGGGAUAGGAAGUGGCACAGGCACUGGUGCUGGCUUUGGUGGUGGUGGAAGUGGAACUAUCGGUGGUCGUGGUGGCGGUAGAAGAGGUGGAGGUCCUAGAGGAAGCUUUGUCAGCGUUGGAUAUUGA